AUGGCUCUCCUCCAAGGGGCUUUCCCACGAGCAUCGCUCGUAUCUUCGACGUGCUUUACCUUGGAGACACGAGCUAAGACGUUGAGGAUCAAAGCUUGUGACGCGAGACUCUUUAGCACUGCGAAAGCACGAAGACGACAAGCACCAAGGCCGGAAGACUCUCAUCCGAGUCCCUCGCGACCCAAAUCCAAGCUUUACAAAGACGCCGAUGAAGCUGUAAGUGAUCUCAAAGAUGGAUCAAUCGUACUAUCAGCAGGUUUUGGUCUAUGCGGUGUCGCUCAGACUAUUAUAGAAGCAAUCGCGAAGAAGGGCCUAAAGGAUUUGACAGCGGUGUCGAACAAUGCAGGACUUGGAGAUCAUGGGCUCGCAGCAUUGACAAAGAGAGGUCAGGUUUCACGCAUGAUCUGUUCUUACUUAGGAGGCAAUAAGGAUCUCGAGAAGGCAUAUCUUACAGGCAAAAUAGCCAUCGAGCUGUGCCCGCAAGGCACUCUUGUUGAAAGAAUUCGCGCUGGAGGUGCCGGAAUCCCUGCCUUCUUCACAGCUACUGGCGUGAAGACGUUCGUGCAGUCUGGGCAGAUACCGAUCCGGCAGCAACCACCUGAUGAUGGCAGCGGUAAACCAACUAUCGUGGAACCUGGAAGGCCAAGAGAAACACGAAUUUUCAACAACAAGGAGUUCGUGAUGGAGACUGCUAUUACUGGUGACGUUGCCAUUCUACGAGCCAACAAGGUGGACGAAGCUGGAAACUGCCAGCUUAAAUUGACCACCAAAACAUACGCAACGAAUAUGGCCAAAGCUGGAAGGAUUUCGAUUGUUGAGGCCGAUGAAAUAGUUCCGAUUGGUGCUUUGAAUCCGGACGACAUUGAUAUCCCAGGCAUUUAUAUCGAUCGAAUUGUGCCAGCGACCGCCAAAAAGGAGAUUGAAAUCAGAAAGAUAGCAACGAAAGAAGACGCUGGAGUAGACACCAGCCCGGCACAAGCACGUCGAAACAGAAUCGCAAAACGUGCUGCUAAAGAACUCAAGGAUGGUUACUAUGUCAAUCUUGGCGUGGGUAUCCCAACCCUGUCAGCGUCGUUCGUUGAACCAGGUGUCAAGGUCUGGCUACAAAGCGAAAAUGGUAUCCUCGGGAUGGGACCGUAUCCAGGAAACGAAGAUGAAAUUGACCCUGAUCUGAUCAAUGCUGGUAAGGAGACUGUCACUUUACUACCCGGUGCAGCCACUUUCGACUCAGCCGACUCCUUUGCUAUGAUCAGGGGAGGUCACGUUGAUGUGUCAAUUCUUGGUGCUCUUCAGGUCAGCGCUGCCGGCGAUCUGGCCAACUAUAUGAUUCCAGGCAAAGUGUUCAAAGGCAUGGGAGGUGCCAUGGAUUUGGUAUCAAAUCCAGAUCAGACGAAGAUUGUGGUUGCCACAGAUCAUGUUGACAAGAAUGGUCGAAGUAAGAUUGUUGAGGACUGUGCUCUGCCAUUGACCGGCAAAGGAGUGGUCAGCACAAUCAUCACAGAUCUCUGCGUGUUCCAGGUCGACAGGAAAAAGGGCCACCUGACAUUGACCGAGUUGGCGGAGGGUGUUUCUCUGGAGGAGAUCAAGUCCAAGACUGAUGCAACCUUCAAUGUUGCGCCCGAGAUGAAGCAGAUGUGA